AUGACUGCAAUUCCUAAGGAAUUUCAAGAUUAUGCUCAUUAUUUUUAUUCAGGAUUAUGCUUAGAACCGAUUAACAAAUCAGCUGCUAUUGUUUUGUAUCAUGUAUUCAUUGACAGUUGCAAAGAAAUUGAUUCUUCCACUGGUGAGACGAAAAAUUUUAUCAAGUUAUUCACCGAAAAACUACCUAAAUUCCCUGUUGACGGACCACGAGAAGUUGAAUUCGUAGCUAACGAAUUAUAUGGAGCACUUCAGGAAAAGCUUAGCGCAGGCAUUAUUAAUUCCCAUAUGCCGGAUCAAUUCGUUUUAUGUUCUGUUUUAUAUUCAAUUGUUGAAGGCGAACAAGCAAUGUCUCGAGAAAUCAAAUGCCAUCUCGCCUGCUCAAAGCUCAUUCGUCUUUUACAACAAUUUACUCCGCCAAAAAAGGAAGAGGAUGCUAAACCAGAGGCAGAAAAUGAAGAAAAUAAGGAAAUUAUUGAAGAACAACCUCAAAAAGAGGAUGUACAAGAAAGAGUCUACCAUAUUGAUGUCAGCAAGCCUAUCUUACAACAACCUCAGCUUGGAGAAUCCUAUAAUGCCACUGAAAUUCGUCAAUAUUUCAAAGAUAUCGGCAUUCCUAUCCAAUCCGGUAUUACUCAUCCAACUAAAGUUCACCAAGCAAUACAAAAGAACCUUGAUCUUGGAGCAAGCUGCAUUAAAAACGGUGAUCGAGAAUUAGGCCUUUCUUACUUAAGAACAGCACAAAAAAUCUGGGCUACAGGUGUCCCUCAGUAA